AUACGCGAUAACUGGCAACAUUACUUUCAAAAGUGUCGUGUGGUAAUAAUAAUAGUAGCAAACUUGGCAAGCAAGCUCGUAAGUCGUAACGAAGUUAAACGAAGUCGUAAACCCCAGACAGCUAUUAUGAAAAUAUGAACGCAACAACAACCUUCUCUUCAGAUCAUUCAUGGAGCAGACGUUGUUCUACAGAAACGGUAUUCAGCAUUCAAGGGAAGGAAACUGAUAUUGCGCGCGACACGAGCGACACGGAGGCGGCGACGGAUGCGACAGACGCGAGCGACGUGGAGUACGAGCCGGUGACGGAGCCCGAAGACGACGGACCCCUAGCGGACGACGAUACCUCCGCGAAUAGCGACAACGACAUAAUAGCGACGAAGGUAAUAGAAGUGUCGGUGGGCGACGAUGGCGAGCUUCAGUUCGCGGACUCGGAGCGCACGGACUCGCACGACAGCGACAGCGAAAUGGAUCUGUACGACUACUGGCAUUGUGCGCAGUGUCGCGCGGAGAACAACAACCCCUUGUACAGAUACUGUCAUAAGUGUUUCCAGGUACGAAAAAACUUCUUCCCGCCGCGACCGCGCCGCAAGCGUCGAGCGAGACCGAAGGACGACAUCCCGCGCACUCUGUCGCAGGACUCCGGUGUGGACUCGCCCAUGAGCCAGGACGUGCUCACCAGCCAGGAGGUGGACGUGCCCGCCAGCCAGGACUUGCUCGCCAGCCAGGACUUGCUCGCUAGCCAGGACCUGCUCGCCAGCCAGGACCUGCUCGCCAGCCAGGACCUGCCCGCCAGCCAGGACCUGCUCGCCAGCCAGGACUUGCUGACCAGCCAGGACGUGAAUGUCCCCGCCAGCCAGGAUGCAGUCCAGUGCGGUGAGGGCACGUCCUCUACUCUCCCCUCCUCCGCGCUCAGUAGGUUCCGCAAGCGCCGCGCCGACUCCGCCGACCGUAGGACCAAACGCAAGCGUCUCUCGCGAACCGACUCCGACACAGACCUAGACUUCGAUGACGAUAUUAAAACGAAAAUCAACGUCCGACCGCUCGUUAAAACCGUCAGCGACCCCGCGAUCACCAUCGAAGAGGCCCCCGUUAAAAUCACUAAAAAGGUUAUAGCUAAAACUCUGAUAGAAAAGAUGGAAGAUAAGGACUUGUGUGUGAUCUGUAUCUCGGAGCCGAAGUCCGGCGUGUUCGUGCACGGCCGGAUCGCGCACAUCUGUUGCUGUUACAAGUGCGCUGUCAAAGUGUGGGUCAAGGCCAAGAGAUGCCCUGUCUGCAAUUGUAAAGUUAGCAAUGUUCUGAAAGCGGUUGUUAUGUGAGGAGAGUGAGAGUGCUUGUUAUGGACGACCCUUACUGCUACUAAACUACACUCCCGAGCAAAAAAAUGGAAUCGCCCCCUUGCGCUUGAGUUUUUAACUGCUUCUUGCGGUAUUCCCAUUCCUCUACCAGCGCCAUUUUCAGCUCAAAUUUUUUUUUUGUUUCUACCCUUAAUUUAAAGCUAUAGGCUUUCAAACGAGACCAUAAACAUUUAACUGCAAAUAUUGUAUCAUUGGCAAUCGUUCUACUUAUUUGUAUAGCGCAAGGGGUGAUUCCAUUUUUUUGCACGCGAGUGUAUAUUAUUUUUUGUUCACAAUGAGAGUAAUUUGCUCCGCCUUUAAAGUUUUAUUUUGAAAUAUUUAUUUUGUUCCUAAUACCAAUUUUUAAUUGUACCACAAACCACCCCUUAGGCUCAUACCAUACAUAUAAAAUACAAAAAUGGUAUAGAGUCUUCAAAUUAUAAUUGUUAAACAAAUUAAAAUACUGAAAGAAAGAGGUUUAAAAAUGUUUAUUGAAUAAUAUUUCCAUAUCGUCCACAAAGGGAGGUUAGAUAUCGGAGUCAAAGGCCGGGAAUUAGACAUUAAGUUGAUUAGAGUGAAUGAAGAACGAAUGGUGAAGUGUUUAACAAGAGAGAGUGGAAUAAAUACUUGUGAAUGUGUGCAUGACGGCAGUUGGUGACCACACUUCAUUGCACGUCUAUAACUCCAUGGUCAAACUGACCAAAAUCGUGCACAAUCUUACCCUUUUCGUUGUUUCAUAUAAUUACUAUUUUGCCAAGAAAAUUAAAGUCAAAUGUCGUAUGAGAAUGUUACUAAAGUUAUACAUAUAAUACAUAUCAAAGGCUCGUUAGAUGAAAACAAAAUUAAAAUGUUUGAUUAAUAGUGUUAAACAUUAUAUUCCAUUUGAAUACUUAAUAAAGCCAAAUUAUAGUCUUCCUAUUGUGUGUCCCACUGUCGCAUGUGCAAAGAUCGAAUGGUUUGACUGAAUGAUAAAAUAUUUAAUUUACACGAACUCGACGCCAAUUACUCAUAAGUUUUUCUUAUAAGUUAGAGAUUCCUUUAAUUGGAAUAAUAAGCGUUUAUAUUUACGGUAUAUUAUUUCCAAUACUUGUAUAGUUCAUUUUUUUUGUUGUUUUGUAGUUUAAGAACUUUUUUCCACAAAUAAUAAUAACCUUUAAAGGAAUCUCAAUCUUAUAAAUCGUUUCGACCUUUAGAUGCCCUUAAAUCUUUGUGAUAACAAUCUGAUAAAGUAGGUUCUUAAGUAGAAAGUAGAUUAAACAAUCACGGCAAAGUAAUUUUUAGUUAAUAUUUUAAUAUGUUGCGUAUACCCGGAGUAAACUGCCGCGAAACAUACGUUUCCAAAAGUCCUAAAGUAAUGUACAAAAAAAGUCGGACUUUUUUUCAUCCUCUAAUGUCGCUUAGUUUCCGUGUUUGCGUGCACUUGUUAAAUGCAUUCAUAUUAAAACCUUUUUUUAUUAAAAUACUAGGCCGCGACAUCCUCCUGUUAUGUAAAUAAUAUCUUGUAAAUAGCUAGAGACGUCGACCACCGAAAGAGAAUAAUAUAUUUCAUUUAUAGUGUUAGGAUUCUUCUAAAAAAAAUUUAAUGGCUAUUUUGUAUUAAUACCAAAAAUUUUGAACAUUUUCGAUUAAUGAUUUAAAAGUUAUAUUUAGGUGUUUUUGCUAAAAUAUUUUUCAAACACUUAAUGUUUUUAGAAAACGGUGAAAAAUGUUCGAGAAGUAAAAUUCAUCAAAAUUGGAGUGUUCCGUUAAAACGUAGAGUAAUAAAAUAAUUUGAGCGUGGUCUUGCGUACACAUUUAAUGAUAUUCCGUCAGAAUAAUAUUUGUUACAACUCUGACUAGUUACUUGUAAAAUAUUGAAUAGAAUCCAUAAAAAAACUUACUUUUUAUUGGGGGAAGGAAAAUGCGAUAGUUGGUUACCAUAUUGAACUGUUUGUCCUUUUACAUAAUACAAUUGUAUCGUUAAAACACUCGGUUUGAUGAAAACGUCGGUAUAUAUAGUUAUGGGUGUUAAUUUCAACCUGAAUGGUUAAAUCCGUACAAUGGUCUAUGUCGGAAUUAUUAUAAAGUUUAUCGCCGCCUCUCCCUUUAUAUUUAGUGAUAUUAAGAUGUAUAUAUUCAAACAUUUUGCACUAUUGUUUAGACCUGUAGAAAGGCUACAAUUUACGCCGAUCUACAAGGUUUAUCCUAUUUAUAAGAUGCCACGUUUCACUUAACUUUACUUAAUAUUGAAAUUUUUAUUGCUGUAAUUAUAAGAUUGAUCUUUUUAAAUCUAACCCACCACCUUUCCUACCGUGCAGAGGAUAUAAUCUUGUUACACAAUUAAAGAAUUUAUUUCAAAAGUAUCAUUAUUAGUUAUUAAAUUGUAGAUCUCUUAUUAGUUCUUGUAAAUCAUUUAGGUUACAUUUUUAUAAGUCUUUCUUUCAUGUAAUUAUUGCAAAUUUAAAAAAAAUAUAUGAAAUACGAAAAAAAAAUACGUUAUCGAAAAGAAAAUCGAUAAAUAAGAAUCAUUAAAAAAGAAUUAAUAAAAACUUUUUCUUUUCCAGGAAA